AUUAUUUUUUUUAUUUUUAUUUUUUUUAAUAUCUUAUUUACCACUCAAUUUGAGAGUCUCCUUCAAGUCUCUUAUAUAAUCUCCCUCAAAUUAUCCAUAUUCCCUCUCUAAAAAAUCCUCCACAAAAAAAUGAAGAAAAUAAAUUAUCUAUUGAGAAAAUGCAAGAGCCUUUCAAGGCAAUUGGGAAGAUCCUCUUCAUAUAGCAGCCUGAGAUCAAAAUCCACAAGAGAAGAUCUUUGGGUUUGUGGAACAAAAAUGGAAGAAGAAGAUUUUGAGCAGCAAAAGCAGCAACUUGAAAAGGUGAGUGGCAAUGAUGUAAUUUUAUAUGUUGGAAGCACAAGGAAGAGAUAUGCAAUAAGUUCUAAGUAUUUGAGCCAUCCUUUGCUAAAUGCUCUUAUUGACAAAUCCAAGUCUAAGAAAUUAUUAGCUAAUGAUGAUGAUGAAGAAGAAGAUUGUAUUUCUGUCAGAUGUGAAGUUGUUCUAUUCGAUCAUCUCUUGUGGAUGUUGGAAAAUUCUGAUCCAAAUAUUAGUUUCGAUUCUAAUUUGGAGGAAUUGGCUGAGCUUUAUGUUUUUUGAAUUCCAUGUAUCCAAAAUUAGUAGGAGUUGUUACGUAUCAGAGUUUUGUUUGGUGACGUUUUUGUUUUGAGAAGAUAGUCAGAAUUCAAAAUUAUGUAUUUACCUUAUAAUUUCUUUGCCUUGUAUA